AUGGCCCUGCACAAUUAUAUUUACUUGAAGCACAAGUCACAUGACCCUAGCUGUCAUACACUAAUAGCUAGAGACCACGAUAACCGGCCGAUUCCAAGGCCCUUGAACGUUGUCAAUCCUUCCAUUGAGUCUGUGGAUAGCGACAAGCACAAGAAACAUCCUAAGAAAGAGUGCUGUGGCAAAUGCGACGGAAACUGCGGGAAAGAGACGAAGAAACUUGCGGACAUCAUGUGGUAG